GUACGCACUAGUUAUAAGGGCGCAUGAAACCACAACGUUCAUUAUUGAUCAAGACCCAGAGUAAAUAUGAAUCUGGUGUUCAACUUGCUUGUUUUCUUUCUCUUAUCAUGGACCGUUACUGGCAGAGGUAUGUGCAUGUUCUAAAAUAGUUUGUGUUAACUGUUCUGUUUAUAUAUAUAUACUUGUGCCUUUAUCGUGCAAGAUCAGAAUUUAUUAGAGUAUUAAUCAUUCCACCUGAUGCAACAAGCCAACAAUUAUUAAAAAAGCAAAAAUAUAUAUCAGUGACAAAAGACGCGAUAUCAAUAAUAUAUCGUUAUAGGAAACUCGUUGCACAGGACAUAGUUUUUGUGUCGUAGAAAAAAACCUGUAAUAAGCCUUAUCUUAUAACAUUCUCCGCAUCCUCCUGUUUUACUCACUCAGCAAUAACGAACUAGUCGGUAUGUUUGUAAUUGUCAAGCACGCGAGUACCAUGUAUAUGCAUGAGUUUCUCGUUCGGUGAUUUGGACAACUACACUCUGCAUGAGUGUGAUCAACAGUAAAUAACUCAUCAUUUUUAAUUCAGCCUCAUUUUUACAUUACUUUACCUUAUAGCGAUGAAGAAGAAACACUGUCCAAUAGUCUGUACAACACGCGUUGAUCCAGUAUGUGGUUCUGAUGGAAAAACAUAUCGUAACCAAUGUGUUUUGUAUGCGACAGCUUUUUGCGAGGGAAAAAAGAUCAGAAAAGUUCGCGAUGGAACUUGCAGUGAGUAGAACAAUUUUCACUCUUUAAAAUUUUAUAACAUUAUAUUGUUUGCUUGAAAUGCACAAGAUUGGUUCAAUUGUUUAAGCAAUUCAGGAGCGACUGAGAGAAGCCAGCAUGCAACUAUAUCCAAAAUAAGACGGAACAUUUUCAAAUCCAAAUAAGUUAUGGACAAAUUUGCUUUUAUGACAUGCGCAGAGAAACAUUGUACGAUUUUCAAUUUAUGGAAGCUGUUAAAUAGGUGACAAGAAAUUUGACGGCUUAUUGAAAAGACCUCAUCGCAAACUCAGAUAUAUGCCUCAUGUGUCAUCGUAUAUAUAUUAUAUACAGCAAGAAGAACAGUGUUGUAUAAAAAAACUCUUUUAAUAAUUAAUCGGGUUCGAGUCGCUCUUUAAUUCUUUGGCUUCAAAGGCAUUCUCCGCGUCCUCCGCGGUUUCACUCACAAGAGAGGUUAAGAUUAACCGCAAACGGCAAACGACCAAACGUCAAAUCGUAUUUUGAGCUAAACUGUUGGGAUUGUUAAAAUAAUUAACUCUUCAAAGUUAAGAAAAAUUGUGCAACAAAGACAAAGUUGAAGCAUGAAUUAGCUAAUUAGCUGACGUAAACUUGUAGAACUUACCUUCAAAUGCGAUUUGAAGUUUGGUCUGCCGUAAACGCCAAUCUAUAACCUCUCUACUGUAUAACCAAUAACUAGCCUAUAACUCAUAUACAUCUCAUGCACUUAAUAUCAAGCAAGAGUAUACCAUGAGCAGUGAUGAGCUUCUCGUUCGCGUGAAUUGGAUUUUACUAGCCUAUAUACACUCUGAGUGUGUAAUCAACGUUAAACUAUAGUAGCUCAUUUUCAUUAUAUUCAGCAUCAUCAAAUUGUAUUAUACUUUCGUAGCCUGCCCAAUAAUCUGUACAGCAGAAUAUGAUCCAGUAUGUGGUUCUGAUGGGAAAACAUAUCCUAACGAAUGUACGUUGAACAUGGCAAUCAUUUGUGGAGGAAAAAAUAUCUCGAAAGUUCACGAUGGACCUUGCAGUGAGUAAAACAAUUUUGACUCUUUAAAAUUUUGCACUGACAAUAUAAUCCAAAAUAGAUUAAAGUUAUGGGCAAGUUUGCUAUAUAAUGACAUGUAAACAUUGUACGGUGUUCACUGAGUUUAUGGAAGCUGUUAAAUAGGUGCAUGACAACAAAUUUGGAUUGUUGAAAAAAUCUUAUCGGAAACCCAGUUACACGCCUGUACCAUCGUAUAUAUGCACAUUAAGUAUCAUGAAGAAACCUACGCAAAUUGUUCAGGAAUCACGAGUGUAUUUUAGUAUAUACGUUAUAGCUGUAUGCUUUUAACAGCAAUUAAUUCACAGUCUCAGCAGUACGCGCGUGCAUUCUCAUAAAGCGCUGCGAGCUGCAACAUAAAAUCAUAAUAAUUAUUCUAGUCAUUUAUUUCAUGGUAUAAAUGCAUGUAAUAUAUGGUUAAAAAAAUGAAAUUUGAACUGACAUAUAAUAUAGAGAGUUAGUUGAUCACUCUUUAUAUAUCAGUUCAAAUUUCAUUUUUUUAACCAUAUAUACAACUUAUAUCUUCAUGCCAGUAAGUAUCAUAUGCAUUUAUGCCAUAUGAAAUGAAUUAGAAUAAUAGUAUAUAAUUUUUGACAAUAUGAUUUUAUAUUGCAGCUCGCAGCGCUUUAUGUGAAUGCACGCGCGUACUGCUGAGACCGUGAAUAUAUAUAUAUAUAUAUAUAUAUAUAUAUAUAUAUAUAUAUAUAUAUAUAUAUAUAUAUAUAUAUAUAUAUAUAUAUAUAUAUAUAUAUAUAUAUAUAUAUAUACAGCAUGAAGGACCGUGUUGUAUCAAAAAACCUUUAAUAAUUAAUAGAGUUCGAUUCGCUUUUUAAUUAUUUGGCCGCAAUUAAGGCAUUCUCCGCAUCCUCCGGUUAGUUCCGGUUUCAACCACCAGAAAGGUUACUCAAUUAAGAUUAAUUCCGCAAAUGGCAAACGCGUCAAAUCGUAUUUUCAAGUCAACUGCAUGUUGGGAUUUUCAUAAUAUAGCUGUUCGAAGUUAAGAAAAAUUGUGCAUCAAAGUUGAAGCAUGAAUUAGCUAUUUAGCUGACGAAAACUUGUAUAACUCACCUUCAAAUGCGAUUCAAGUUUGCUGUUUCCAGUAAGUGCAUGGUCUGCCGUAAACGCCAAUCUUAACCUUUAACCAUGCAAUAACUAGUAACUCCGGUUAAUGUCAAGCACGAAUACCAUGAGCUUCUCGUUCGCAUGAAUUGGACAACGUACACUCUGAGCGUGUAAUAAACGCUAAACUACUGAUAGCUAAUUUUCAUUAUUAUUAUUAUUAUUAUUAUUCAGCAUCAUUAACUUCUUUAUAUUAUACUUUCUUAGCCUGCCCAAUAAUCUGUACAGCAGAAUAUGAUCCAGUAUGUGGUUCUGAUGGGAAAACAUAUCCUAACGAAUGUGCGUUGAACGCGACAAUCAUUUGUGAGGGAAAAAAGAUCUCGAAAGUUCACGAUGGACGUUGCAUGCGUGAGUAUUAAAACAAUUUUAAUUACUGUAUGUAAAAUCUUACAACAAGUAAUUUCCCUGAAAUCGCCUUCCGAUUCAUUCACUCAAAUACGAUUUGAAGUUUGCAGCUGCUGUAAACGUCAAUCUUAAAGGAUUAGUGUCAGGGUCAUGCAUUGCGGGCUUUUGCAUGUUAUUGUUUACAUUUUACUCAAAUACAACAAAUAGCGAUAAAAAUACCUUGUUUGGUACAUUUCUGAUAAAAUUAAAUCAGACAAAAAGAGCAAGGAGAUUGUAUAAAAGGAUGGUUUAAUUAUAUGACGGAUUGUAAACACUUUCCAAAUCAUCUAAUCUAUAUUCGUCCAGAGAAAUAGUCGCCAAGCAGGAGUUUGAGUCCGCGAAUUCCACUAAUCCUUUAAGUUUAACCUCUCUAUAGCUACUAACCAAUAACUAACUCGUAAAUCUCAGUUGUCAAGCACAGUCACUGAAUACAACGGGCUUCUCGUUCGGGUGAAUUGGACAACUACACUUUGAGUGUGCAUGUAACCAACAUAUUAAAUAGGUCAUCAUCAUUAUAAUAUAAUUCAGUAUCAUCAUUAACGUCUUUAUAUUACUUUCUUAGCCUGCCUAAUAGGCUGUACAGCAGAAUAUGAUCCAGUAUGUGGUUCUGAUGGGAAAACAUAUCCUAACGAAUGUGUAUUGUACCAAACAGCAUUUUGUGAGAGAAGAAAGAUCCGGAAAGUUCACAAUGGACAUUGCAGUAGUGAGUAAAACAAUUUUAACUCUUAUAUUAUGAGAUCAGUGAGGAUGACCACCCACCCAACCACGCACGGUAACCCACGCACACGAUUAUUGAUGAACUUUAUACAGUGCACACUACUUGACAAUAUCAUGGAGCUGCCCACAAGCUUCUAAACUAUUUCCAUAAUUUUUUCGUAAAAUUAGUAGCGUUUUUCCUAUAACUAUUACUUUCUAUUCCAAGCCACUAAAAAAAUUUCGCUCACCACGAAAACAAUCAGUUCGAUAGUUCCGAAAACAAUUUGCCGAGUCUAGCAGACAUUUGCCGCUUGACCAUGCACAUAAAUGAGCUUCUCGUUUGCGUGAACUGGGCAACUAUACACGCGUAUACUUUGAAUGUGUAAUCAAAUCUUGGUAGCUGAUCAUCAUUAUACUAAUAUAAUUCAGAAUCAAUAUCAUAAUUAACUUCCGUUUAUGUUAUACUUUCUUAGCCUGCCCAAUAUUCUGUACAACACACGUUGAUCCAGUAUGUGGUUCUGAUGGGAAAACAUAUCCUAACGAAUGUACGUUGAACGCGACAAUCAUUUGUGGGGGGAAAAAUAUCUCGAAAGUUCACGAUGGACGUUGCAGUGAGUAAAACAAUUUUAAUUAUGUAAAAUGCUACAACAAUAAUAUAAUUUCCUUGAAAUCGCGAGAUUCAUUCACUCAUGACGACUGAGUGAGAAAGGCGGGAGGGGGAUGAAAUACAAAACAAACGAUCCCAAAAACGUAUAUAGUACAUGCGGACUGUAAAUUCAACAUACGGAUAAGUUUGAUUUUCCAAAACUCCAGGUCUGCAUAAUAAUAUACUUUGCACACCACUUGACCAUAUACAUGGAACUGCCUACAAGUUUCUCUACAGUAUAUAAUUUAGAGUACAUAAGAAAUUUGUUACACAAACACAUUUUGUUUCGUGGAGAAAAAUUGAGAUAAGACUUGUCCGAAGAUUCUCUGGAUCUAUUCGGUUUUACUCAUUAUCGGAUCGUCUCAGUGCAAGCACGACUAUACCAUGUCCAUGAUCUUCUCGUCCAGGUGAAUUGGACAACUACACUCUCACAACUCUCACCGACUCUGUAAUCCGAACAUUAAAUAGCUCAUGAUCAUUAUAUAAUUCAGCAUCAUUAUCAUUAACUGCUUUAUAUUAUUACUUUCUUAGCCAUAAGGGAAAGACUCUGUCCCAUAUACUGUCCAUAUAUCUAUAAUCCAGUAUGCGGCUCAGAUGGAAAAACAUAUCCUAACAAAUGUGCGUUGUAUGCGACAGUUUUUUGUGAGAGAAAAAGGAUCAGGAAAGCUCACGAUGGACCUUGCAGUAAGUAAAACAAUCUUCACUCUACAUCAAAGAUUUUGAAACAAUAUAAUUCGCUUGAAAUGCGCAAAAUUGAUUCAAGAUUGAUUCAAGAUCUCUUUAUUUGCCUUCGAAAAUAUCAAAUCUACUUGUAUUCAGGUUUUAACCACAGAGAGGUUAACCGCAAACGACAAACUUUAGGCAACUCUGGGGUGGUAACUCGCCUUAAAUCGCCCUAUAUCGUCCAAACUCGCAUUGCUAAAAGUGCAGUUUUUGCUUAUUUUAAUCGUCUAAAAGUGCUUAAGGUGAUUCAUCAGUAAUUGUUCUAGACAUCAGAAUUUGCUGAAACUUCCCACAGGUGAAGUUUAUGAUAUGCCCAUUGGAAAAAAAGAAAAAAUGUUGGGGUCACCGAUCGAGCUCGUUUCGAAGAUAUGACAAGUGUAAAGACCACCUUUUCCCCCAUUUGGAGCCAUCUUGACCCUUUUACGAGUUACAGGAACUUCACAAUUGCCCAACCUUUAUUGUAUUUUUAACAAGGAUCUUACUAAUUAAAAAUGUCUAUCUAUCGUGAUUAUAAACAAGAAAACAUGGUUUUUUAGCGAAUCAAAAACCACUGUCGUGAUGCAAAUAUCUUUUCCCAUCUUCUCAGACAUGUUAUUUUUGGAAGCAUGCGCAAACUGCACAAAAAAUGUAAAAUAUUAUAAGUUGUAGAAAUAUUUUUCUCUUACUUUCUCAUAUGGCAUGUAAAAACGCAUAGAAGAACAAAAAUAUAUAAUAAAAAAGUAGGGUUACGGAUCUUCUUCAAGAGAUACAAGGGUUAAACAUGCAACAUGAUGUGGUUUAGUGUUAGUUGCACAGGGAGCCCUAGACAGAGUUUAGUUUAGUAUUAGUUACACAGCAGCCCUAGUCAUUAUUGAAGGUAUAUUUCCUGAAGCGCGCCAAAUCAAUGCAGAGUGAUUUCUCUUUGCCCUUACUCUUUCUUCAUCACUUUACAUAGUUCGACUACAGCACAUAUAUUAGCUAGCAUUUGUUAUUAGAUAUGCGCACUAAAAGUGGGCAAUGCAAAACUAAUGAGUCACCUUAAACUCGCAUUAUCUCGCGGCGAGUUACCACCCCCAGAGUAGACCUACAUUUAAAUUGGGUUUUUGAGGUCAACUGUUAGGACUGUUAGUUGUUCGAAGUUAAGAGAAAAUGCGCAUCAAAGUUGAAGCAUGAAUUAGCUACUUAAGCCCUGUUUAAACGGAUCCAACAUUGUUGGGCCAACAUCAUCCAACAUUGUUGAAGUAAUGGCUCAAACGGCUUCUUUUUCAAAUAUUUUGUCAAGACUAGGUUUAGGGUUUGAGUAAAGCUUAUCUAACCAAAAAGAUUUGAAAGAGAAGCGGUCAUAUCUAGUAUAGUAACAUUGUUGGAUGAUGUUGGUCCAACAAUGUUGGAUCCGUUUAAACAGGCCUUUACAGUCGAAAACUUGUAGAACUUGUAGAACUCGUCUUCAAAUGCAAUUUGGAGUCAGUUGCUGUUUCCAGUUAGUGGUCUGCCGUAACCGUCAAUUUUAACCUCUCUACUAACCAAUAACUUUUAAAUCUCAGUUGUCAAGCACAAAUACAACGAUCUUCUCGUUCGGGUGAAUUGGACAACUAUACACUCCGAGUGUGUAACCAACAUUAUAUAAUCAACAUUUUAAUUAUAAGAUUUAUUCAUUUUAAUUAUAACAUUUUAAUUGAUAAGAUUUAGAGUUGUGUAUAACCAACAUUUCAAUGUUGAUAUAUUAUGGCUGACAUGAUUUGCCACAAGGUUCAUGAAUUUUUAAUGAAUAUUUUAAAUAAUGAUAAUGAGCUAUUUAAAUUAAAAAUAGCUCAUUAUCAUUAUUUAAAAUAUUCAUUAAAAAUUCAUGAACCUUGUGGCAAAUCAUGUCAGCCAUGAUAUAUGACUUGAGCGACUUUGCAUCUGAUAAAACUCAUCUCAUUGGUAUUCUUUAUAAAAUUGUUCAUCCUAAUUAGUAUGUUUAAUAUAUAAUUGUUCAUCCUAAUUAGUAUUCUUUUGUAGUCGUAUUUUAAGCCAUUCAAAACACUCGAACUCGCGUUUUAACAUAUCUAAAACGUUCGGCUGCGCUUCACGCUUUAAAUAUGAUAAAACACUGAUUCCUUCUCGUGUUUUAAAUACUACAUAAUUCAGUCAUCAAUAUCAUUAACUUCUUUAUGUUAUACUUUCUUAGCCUGCCCAAUAAUCUGUACAGCACACGUUGAUCCAGUAUGUGGUUCUGAUGGGAAAACAUAUUCUAACGAAUGUGAAUUGUACCGGACUGCUUUUUGUGGGAGAAAAAAGAUCCGGAAAGUUCACGAUGGACCUUGCAGUGAGUAAAACAAUUUUAAGUCUUUAAGAUUUUAUAAUAAUACAGUUUGCUUGAAUCCACAAGAUUGAUUCUUUAAGCAAUUCAGGGGCGACUGUGAGAAGGAAGGCGGGAUGCGGAUGUUAUACAAAACAAACAUAAUUUCUCAAAUUCAUUAAUAAUUCAUCAGCAAUUCAGCCAAUGAUAAUCACCUAUUUGAUCACAAGAUGGCAUUUGGAUACUUGAUGAAAUUCACUAUACAGUGUGUAUAAAAAAAAGGCUAGUCUUUGAAAUUCAAAUUAUAGUCAUAAUUACAGUUAUCUCUAAUGAUACGCGACGAAAACAUGUCUUAUUUACAAAAGAGCUCAAUUAUAACUUCAUUUUAAUGCUGCUUGUACUGUACAGGGUAUUUCAUUGAGUUGUCCGUACAUGUCCCAUAAGUAGAGAAUCUUUUGUUUUACGGCUCGCUAAUUGAUUAGCAGUAGUUAUAAAUUCAAUACAAUAUGACCAAUUUGUUAGCCUUUUUUUAUACACCCUGUAGUGUUUUCAUCAAAUAUCUUAAUUACGCAUGCAAAAUUACUUGAAUAGAAUUCCUAAUUACGUUAUGCUUGGUUAAGAAUUCUAUUCAAAUCAGCAAACGAAAACAUUCUGUUACGUCUCGAUUCAUUUGAGAAGCCAUAUAAACAACGAGAGCGAGUGUACGUUUCACCGGGAUAUCCAAACACUCGAAAACAAUGUAUGAAGACACUCGCGCUUCGCGCUCGUGUUUUCCUACAUUGUUUUCUCGUGUUUGGACAUCCCGGUGAAACACUCCGCUCUCGUUGUUCAUAUAAUACAUCCAAUAUAGGACACAACAUUUUCCAAAUAAAUGAAAGUUAUGUGCGCAUUUGUAAUGACGUAUGGGAAAAAUUUGUACGGUGUUCAGUUCGCAUAAGCUACUAAACAGGUGACAACAAAAUUGUUGGAAACAGACAAUAACAAACCAUUAUAUUAUUAUAUAUAUAUAAUAUUGUUCGGAAAAACCUUUUAGCAAACUCAGUUGCACGGCUGUAUACUAUAACUGUAUGGCGUAUAACGCGUUCACGUUUUAAAGCGAGUUGUUAUAAUCUUUUUCCUUGCAUGAUAAAGUUUAUAUUUAGUAAACUACAUAUACAGCAUGAGUGGUCAGCGAAGAGUUGCCGUAUACAGGCUGAUACAACAUGCACUAACGAAAAUGCUAUACCUGUAUAUACUUCAUAAAUCUCAUUAAUAAUUCACGAGGAAAAUACCAAAGAAAUGAAUGUUUAACCAAUGUUUCUAAAUCGGAUAGAGAUUUGUCCUAAUUUACAUAAACAUCAGCUUUGAUUUUCUCGGGUUAGACAAUGUUUAUUUUAAAAUUACUUCGCCAAUGAACUCAUAAGAUGGGUCGUUUUGUCGUUCAGAUAAAGAUCGGCUGCUAGCUCAUGCAUGUUUAAAACUACUUACAGACCUGGGUUUUUCUCGAAAUAUAACGUCAAUUGGCCCGCGUUUUGUUAUUUACCCGUUACUUAUAUAAGAUUGUGAAUAUUAAUUUCUUUUGGAAUGUUGUAAAAUUGGGGACGGGAACAAAACGUUCGUCAAAUAGCCCCGGAGAUUUUUCGAAUGAUUGAAGCUUAGCAUAUUUCGUCCGCAAUUCCACCAUUUUAAUGCGCGCCACUCUUACUUCAAUAAAAUCCUUUAGCCCAUAUGGGAGCUGCUGCGGAUUUUGCGCAUUUAUUUCGCAGUCGUGAGACGUGCAGUAUAACCAUAUUCCAUUAUUGUAACUAAAGCCCGUUUAGUCCGUUUACACGAGCAAAUUUUAUUUGACAAAUAUCAUGUCAAAGAUAUUUUGCUCGUGUAGAUGAUAAAUUUGUGACAAAUGUAUUGGGACAAAUGCAUUUGAACAAAAGCUAGCUUUUGAUCAAAUGCAUUUGAUCAAAUGAAAUUUGUGAAAGUAAAAUUUGUUCUUGAGUCUUGUAAACGGGGCUUAAGUGUUAAGAGCCUAUAUAUACCAUUUCGCUUUAAAGAGAGCAGAUACGAACUUCGACGCAACAAAACCCCUGAGAAACCCAGGAUCAAUUAUAGGACAGAUUCUAUGAUGAUGAUGUUUUGGAAUUUUAUUUUACAAGAAUUUUAUUCAUAUUUCUUUCAUUUUCAGAAAAGUGAAAACUGUUACUAUAUAAGUGAAAGCUGGAAUGACAAGGAAAGACAACUCGAAAUUUGUUAGUAAUUACCUAGUAAUUGUUGUAAACAGUAGCUGCUUAUUAAAACGGAAAUAGAUUCAAACUUACAUCACUUUGGUUGUUGUGUUUAAUUUAUUGAUUUAGG